UUUUGUCUUUGUUUUAUACAUUCAUAGACAAACCACGCGCGCCAUUUACACUUCGCGAACAACGAGCGAACAUGAAUGAAGUUUCUGCUGACAACAAGCGAACAUGGAUGGAAAUGUCCGCCUCGAAAACAUAAAUAAAUGGCCACCGUUGUUUUCACGUUCUUCAUAACCACUAGGUUUUAUGUUUAUAAAAUGGACGCCGAUUCCCAAGAACGGCGGAGGGAGUCCAAAUUGUCCCAGCGGGAAAAACGGUGGAGCAUGAACUCUCAGAGGCUAGAAGAGAUUGUGGCGGAGCUGAUGAAGCCCAUCAGCGACGUCCACCGCAGCUUCGACACGGACCUCAGCGCGCUACUGGAGGAGUACCUGACGGAGGCGGGGCUCCACGCCCUGGAGGCGGACGAGGACGAGGCGCCGCUGGAGCCCGCGCCCGCCGCCGUCAACUUCGCGGAGCUGGCGCUGCUGCUGCAGCACUCCGCCAGCCUGUACGGCCGCAAGGUGGACCUGCUGUACCAGCGCGUGCUGCACGUCAGCGACUCGCUGCUCACCAGCACGCAGUGGGAAGUGGCGGGCACUCCAAGCGAUGAGCCAGCGACGCCGAGCGGGCGCCGCAAGCGGGGGCCCUCGCAGGGCGCCGCGGGCUUCCAGGGCGUGGAGCUGGCGCGCAGCGCGGCCGCCGCACGGGAGCCCGCGGCGCCGCGCCCGCCGCCCACGCUGCCGCGCAUCUACAUAGAGCUGGAGCCCAGGACCAUGACGGAUAAUGACGUGCCCUUAACGGAUUACGAAGGAGAACCCAUUGGAUUGCUGUCAGAUUUUCAUGUCACGUGGAGAUUACAGGACGGGGUUCUAGUAGACGAGCUGGAAGGCAACGGGUCCUCGUCGGCCGUGUGCCUGCGGCCCAUCCCGCUGCUGGAGCUGUCGGCCGCCGUCGCCGCCGCCGCGCCCCCCGACCUGCCGCCGCGCUGCUCCACCCCCACGGGAGGAGGGCCCCCCCUACUCCCCCCACUGCCCCCACUGCCCGGCACGCCGCAACCGAUGGACGAUACGCUAGACUCCGCGAUAGAAAUGACCCCGGAAGUGGCGGUCGUCAAAGCCGAAAGGAAGAGGAAAUGCGAGGUCAAUGUGGAUGAAGAAGUGGGGAGGAUCAAAUUGUUGAUUAGUAAAGCGUUACGUCAGAAACUGUCGAUGGUGCAGGAGUUCGGCGUGCCCGAGCCCUGGGUCCGCAGCGUGGUGAGCGCCCGCCACAAGAGGAUUCUCAGUAUGAGGCACCAACACAAGAAGACCAAGGAAGAGCCUAGAGAUUUUCGUGGGUUUGAUUGUUCCACUGCGUGUGGUGCGGGCGGGUUCCCGGGCUGGAGCGCGGCGGAGCGGCCGCGGCUGACGGCGGAGCCCGACAGCGACGACGACGGCUUCUUCGACCAGUCCUCCUCCGGGGACUCCGACGGCUCGCGCGCCGGCGACCAUUCCCACACGCACAUACAGUGCGAGAGCGAGUCGGACGCGUGGUCGGAGUGGCAGCGCGGCGUGCUGCAGCGGGCGGCGGCGGGCGAGGCGCGCGUGUUCGACGUCAGGGCGCUGGCCGGGCGGCUGCUGGCGCGCCUGCCGCCCGGCGACGGCCGGCCCUUCGCCAGCGUGCUGCGCGCCGAAGCCGCGGCGGAACAUGACGUUUCCGGCCUCUUCCUGGCUACUCUGUUCUUGGCUAACUCUGGCAACGUGGAAAUAAUCCAAGGCGCGCCCCUGGAGCUGAGCUCGUUCUCGGUGCGGCUGGUGUCGGGCGCGCGCCGCCAGCUGGAGGCCGCCGCCGCCGCCGCCGAGGCGGACGGCGUCGCGCCCGUACGCAGCACGUGACUGCCUGCUGCAGACAGUGAUCCCAGCACCGCAUUAUACCAACAACUCUAGUCUGGAGACUAGGAAUAAGUACAUAUUUACCGUAUAAUAGAGCUUAACCCAAGGACAAAUGGAAUGAUCUCUUGAACUUUUGCGGGUGAAAUAUUUUUAUCAAAGUGAACUAUCGCAAUAGGAUGCUAGUGAUGUGAAAUAGUGAAUAAAAUCGACCAGGUCGAGCAAAGACUAAUAUAUAUAACUAAUAUAUAUAUAAGUAAAAAUUUUAAAUCUGAAUGUAUUUUUGUCGCAAAUCAAAGGUUGAGUGCCUAUUCAAAUUGCAUGUAUUCUAAUAUUUUCGGAAGUCUUUGAUGGGAUACGUCUAAUCAUAAAGUAACUAUAGAUUGAACUGAUUGUAAGAAUCACACACCAAAAUGAAAUGUUUUUUAUAAAAAUUACAUUGAAAUUGAGUGAAAUUUGCCUCAAAAAAAAGUUAAUUUAAUCCAUAUGCUAUACAGAUUAUACUUUAUCACCGAAAUUGCAGCUGAAAUAAACAUUAUAAAUUAUAAAAUUUGGUACAAAGGAUACAAUGGUCUGUUACAUAGAAAUAUAACCAAAUUAGAAAGACACUUGAUUAGGUAUUGAAAAAUUCUGCUUCUUUCUAAUUGGCCUGAUGUGCAAGAUUGAAAGUCACAAUGUAAUUUGAGGUCAUUGUCUUGUACAGAUAUAUUUUUGAGUUGAAUUUCCUGGUUGGUUAUAUUUCUGUGGUUUGUCGUUUGUGUAAUUUAUGUGUACAUCUGUACAGAGAGAUAUAUUUAAUUAAGAGAGAAUAUUUAGAAGUUUGACUUCGUUUUAAAAGUCAUAAUAAUAGAUAUACUUUAGGUAUGUUCUGUUUCUACAGUAAGUUUUUCCACAACUGUUUCUGAACUAAGUCUGGAACAACCCGGUCACUUGAUAAGAGAAUUUAAAUACAAUAAUUUAGUUUCAGGUCAAUAUCAUCUGUUUGUGUGUCUGGUAGCAAAAGAUUUCACAUUAUUGUAAUAAAAUUUAAUAAAUAUACAAGUCAAUUCUCAUAUUCUAUGUAUUUAGUUACAUAAUAUUCUGUUUUAUAUUUUAUUGAAUUGAUGCUUAAUCAUUUACUAAUAUGCAAGAACUCUUCCUGAAAUUGUAUCCAAUGUAAAUUGGUAUGGGCACCUUUAUUAUGGUUUUUAAGGGCCUCUUUUUUUAAACUACAUUAGUAGCAAAUUUUUUCCUAUUUUGAAGUAUUAAUAUAUUAUUUUGUGUUUAUAUUGGAUUUAAAACAAUUAGUUAAUAUUUUAUAGGUUUAAAGACAAAUCGUGUGGUGGUUACAGUACAGAAGUACUAAGUUAAUCAUGGAAAAUAUAGUAUUUUCAUCAAUUAGGUAACAAGUAAAAUCUUAUACCAAAACUAAAUUAUUUUUAUAUAAAUAAAAAUGAUUUGUGGAAAUGAUAAAUAUGAAUCAAGUUUUUGUAUGUUAAAUAAAAUAUUUCCUUUAAUUAUGGCGGGUCCAGUGUGCAAUGUUACAAUCACAAAUUGUACAAUAGACCGGCACUCGUCCCAAGCAACAUUUAAAAUCCGAAAGUAACUUUAUAUGUUUGUUUGUUCCCUCUUCACGCGCUGUCUACUGUACCGAUCUUGAAAUUGAAAUUUAAUAUAUAAAAUUCUCGUGUCACAAUGUUCGUUCCCGUACUCCUCCAAAAUUGCUCUCAUGAAAUUUUGUGAGCAUAUUGAGUAGGUCAGAGAAUCGACCAACAUCUUUUUUCAUACCCCUUAGUGAUAAGGGUUGUCCACCCUUAACAGUUUUUUUUGACUAGAAAUUAUUUAAAAAAUAUUUAUAUGGCAAAACAACGUUAACCAGGACAGCUAGUUCUUAAAUAUAAUAAGAAUGUGGUGAAGGAUAUAGCGUAAUUUUCAUGCCGGUAAAACUAGUUCUCGGGGGAUUUCCGAAAAAUUUUGUAGGUAUUCUUUAUUUGUAUAUAUGUGACUUAUAAUUCACUCGUGUAGGUGACGCUAAAUUCGCGCGUGCGAAUCUGCGGGUAACAGCUAGUUUACGAUGAAAUGGCCCUUAUCUCAUUAAAGAGUACCUAUGAUUUAUUGUAUCAUUUAUAUUUUAGUAUUUAAGCAUCUUUUUACAUAAUUGUGUAUUUUGUAACUUCUACGACACCAGUGAGAAUUUCUGACCAAAACUUUGCACGCUAAUUAAUCUUAAACAUAUUCCCGAACGUUGACCUCUAUCUCCUAUCUUUUUCUAUCUUUACGGUUGACCGAAAAAAUAGAAAAGAAGCAAGAUAAUCCUUAUCAAGGUUCGUGAACGGUAAAUUUGUCCGAAGUCUGAAGUUACACAUGGUACCAAAGGACCUGAAACGUUCGGUUUAGAUAAUAAGAUGGUUGUUGUAGGUUUAGCAGAUUCUUUGGUAAAUAGUAUAACUCUUAGUGAGAACCUUGUUUUUAUACUUUUUCUUCUGGCGUUAGUUCCCUCUCCGGAGAGGAGCUCUCUUGGUAAAAACAAUAGAAUUAAUCUAGAAACAAAUUAUUUUGUCGUAAGUCAUAAACUAUUAAGAACCAUUUUAACUAACAAAUAUAAUAAUCCUACGUUCUUUCUUCUUGGUGCUAAAUCAAAAUUAAAUGUCUUAAUUACUAGUACAUAAAGUAUUAAUAAUUUACUUGUUACAAAUUGAUCAUGAAUUAAUAUAAUUGAAUAAAAUUGUGUUAACUAAACGUAAAAAAAACAUUUCUGACUCAUUUCUUGUUAUGGAUUUGAAAUACAAAUGUACUAUAUUUUUAUAGAUUACACUAAUAGCUGAUGUGAGAAAUAUAAUAUAUUGCCCAAUUAAGGCCUGGGGUAAAGUUGAAACGGCUUUCAAAUUAUAUUACGGACCCCAGUGACUAUUGUUGUCAAAUAUCAUUAUAUCUGUAAGGUUUUUUAGGUAUAUCUGAAAUGUACCUAAGCCGUCCUUAGAUAGUAAGCCUAAGUGUACAUAUGUAAAUUGUAUAUAAAAUCUUUAUAAUUAUUAAACAAAUUAUGUGUUAAA